AUGAAGAUGGCGGCUCCCACCGCCAGCAAGGCAGCCUCCCUGGGCUGCAACAACAAGCCGCCGGCGUUCCCGGAGCUGGAUUUCAGGUCCGGCGCCCGGGUGGAGGAACUGAACAAACUCAUCCAAGAAUUCACCAAGCACGACCAGCGGGAAUACGACGACCAGAGAGCGCUGGAGAUCCACACAGCCAAGGAUUUCAUCUUUUCCAUGCUGGGAAUGGUGCAGAAGCUGGACCAAAAACUCCCAGUGGCCAACGAGUACCUGCUGCUCUCGGGGGGAGUCCGGGAAGGCGUGGUGGACCUGGACUUGGAUGAGCUUAAUAUCUACGCCCGGGGGACUGACUAUGAUAUGGACUUCACCCUUCUGGUGCCAGCCCUUAAGCUGCAUGACCGUAACCAGCCCGUGACCCUCGAUAUGCGCCACUCGGCCCUGUGCCACUCCUGGCUGAGCCUCCGGCUCUUUGACGAGGGCACGAUCAGUAAGUGGAAAGACUGCUGCACCAUCGUGGACCACAUCAAUGGUGCCACCAACUACUUCUUCUCCCCAACCAAAGUGGCCGACUGGUUCUACGACUCCAUCAGCAUCGUCCUGUCGGAGAUCCAGAAGAAGCCGCAGCGGGGGAUGCCGAAGGUGGAGAAGGUGGAAAAGAACGGGACCAUCAUCUCCAUCAUCCUGGGCGUGGGGAGCAGCCGCAUGUUGUACGAUAUCGUCCCCGUGGUGUCCUUCAAAGGCUGGCCCGCGGUGGCCCAGAGCUGGCUCAUGGAGAACCACUUCUGGGAUGGGAAGAUCACCGAGGAGGAGGUCAUCAGCGGCUUCUACCUGGUGCCUGCUUGCUCCUACAAGGGUAAGAAGGACAACGAGUGGCGGCUGUCCUUUGCCAGGAGCGAGGUGCAGCUGAAGAAGUGCAUCUCCAGCAGCCUCAUGCAGGCCUACCAGGCCUGCAAAGCCAUCAUCAUCAAACUCCUGUCCCGGCCCAAAGCGAUCAGCCCCUACCACCUGCGGAGCAUGAUGCUCUGGGCCUGCGACAGACUUCCUGCCAACUACUUGGCUCAAGAGGACUAUGCGGCCCACUUCCUCCUGGGCCUCAUCGACGACCUGCAGCACUGUCUGGUCAACAAGAUGUGCCCCAACUACUUCAUCCCGCAGUGCAACAUGCUGGAGCACCUGUCGGAGGAGACGGUCAUGCUCCAGGCGCGCAAGCUGUCCUCCGUCCGCUCCGACCCCGCGGAGCACCUGCGCACGGCCAUUGAGCACGUCAAGGCCGCCAACCGGCUGACGCUGGAGCUGCAGAGGCGGGGGAGCACCACCAGCAUCCCCUCCCCGCAAUCGGACGGAGGGGACCCCAACCAGCCCGAUGACCGUUUGGCCAAAAAACUGCAGCAGCUGGUGACUGAGAACCCGGGGAAGUCCAUCUCUGUCUUUAUUAACCCCGACGAUGUCACGAGGCCCCAUUUCAGAAUUGAUGAUAAAUUUUUCUGA